AUGGGAACGUGUACGAAAAGUUUGGUUCUCCUUCUGGCAUUAUAUUUUGUAGCCGAUCAAUACAAAAUCAAUGCAUCCAAAUUUAAGUUUACCAAUUUAGUGUGCGACUUACUGGACCCAUCUUGGUUGGAGAUUUACCAAUGUCGGCUAAAGGCCAUUCGAAGGGACAAGACCACACUCAAUUUUAACGGAACCCUCCUGAAAACUGUAAACAAAAUUAAAAUUCACGUGCAAAUAUUAAAAAAAGCUAAUGGCUGGAAGCCUUGGCUGUAUAAUAUGACCUUGGAUGGUUGCAGAUUCAUGCGAAAUCCCUAUGUACCAGUGGCUGCCAUCGUCUACAACUUGUUUAAGGACAAUUCUAAUUUCAAUCAUUCCUGUCCCUAUUCGGGCCCUGUUUAUAUACUAAAUCUCCACGUAACUGCAAAGGAUAUCCCAGUUCCCCUUCCCUCUGGGGAUUACUUACUUUUGAUUAAAUGGUACUUUGCUAGUAGCCGAAAUUUGACAACAAGUUUGGGCAUUUCCUCAGGAAUUUACUUUAAUUUUAAAGAGGACUGA